AUGAGCAAUAGCGGAGGAGGCAGCGGCGGCUUGCUCAUAGCCUCGAGCCCUUCUCUGUCCAAUGUUGUUUCAGUGAACGGAGAAGAGGAUAAGAAGGCUUUACUCAAUUCUAGUCAUGUUCAAUCCAAACACCAUCAUCAUCAUAAACACUCUCACCACCGUCAUCAUCAUCACCAUGACGAUAACCAUUCACAUCAUCAUCAUAGCGAUGAUGAGGAAGAGGAUAUUACUGACCAAACUCAUCAACUCAUCAAUAACAACCAUACAACCACGAGAACUAGUGAUGAUACGGAACAAGCAAGUCCAUCUUCCAGCAUUGAAGUACCCAUUCUAAAACUUGAUGAUGAAACACUCCGUAAAAUUUAUUUAUCAAAAUCCAGACCUUUGUGGAAAGAGCCUGAUUUUGUAAAAUUAGUGAUUAUGAUUACAAUGGUGUUUUUAAUGUUUUUGGGAGAAAUCCAAGUGGGAAUUAUUGCAGAAUCAUUGACCUUAUUGGCUGAUGCCUUUCACAUGUUAAGUGAUGGUAUUUCAUUAGUUGUAGGAGCUGCCUGCAUUUGGUUGGCAAAGAAGAGUGCAACCAACAACAUGACUUAUGGAUUUGGACGUGCAGAGACAUUGGGAGGACUUAUUAACGCAGUGUUUUUAGUGAGUGUGGUCUUGUAUGUGAUUAUGGAGAGUAUUCAACGAUUUUUCAUUCCAGAGAGAAUUGAAAAUCCUUUAUUGGUGUUGUGUGUAGGAGGAGCUGGUUUAUUGGUGAAUUUGAUUGGACUUGUCAUGUUCUGUGGUCACCAUCCUCAUCCUGGGCAUGACCACGACCAUGGACACGGUCACGGUCAUCACCACGGUCAUUCACAUGGCAGUCAUGAUGAGCACCAUUCUCAUGACGAAGAAGAACAUUCCCAUGAUCAUGCACACGACCAUGACCACUCGCACGACCAUGAAUUGCAUGAUGUUCAUGCAUCUUCUUCUUCACCUCAUCAAGAAAAACCAAAACCCUCUAAACAACACCAUCACCGUUCUGAGAACAUUUUUGGUGUAUUUUUGCACAUUUUAGGAGAUUUCUUAGGUUCCAUUGCAGUCAUGAUUUCUGCCGGACUCUUAAUGAUUUUCGAUAAGCCAGAUGACCAAGGAAAUUAUACCACUAAAUGGGUUCUCUACGUUGACCCUAUUCUAAGCUUAAUUAUGAGCUGCAUUAUUCUAUUCACAGCAGUUCCAUUACUCAAAUCGACAAGUAGAACCUUAUUGCAAUCUGUUCCAGCCAAUGUGAAAAUUACAGACUUGAAGGAAAAGAUCAUGAAAAUUGAAGGUGUCAUCUCGUGUCACGAGCUUCACGUUUGGCAAUUCGUUGGAAAGAAAUCAAUUGCUAGUGUGCACGUUUUGACCUCACAAAAUAGCAAAGGUUUCAUGAAAAUUGCUCGACAAAUUCAAAACAUUUUCCACAAGCAUGACAUUCACUCAUCGACGAUUCAACCUGAAUUUACUGGAAAUGUAAUUUCCAGAGAAAACAGUAAUCAAGAAGACUUAACUCAACCAUGUCGUCUUAUUUGCAACAAGUCAUGUUAUGAGCAAUUUUGCUGUGCACCCGAUGUGAAAGACUUGGAUGUAUCAAAUAAGGUAUAA